CUCCCGCAUCCACCUCAAUUGUCCCCCGCCAAAUUCAAAUCGUAAUAGGAAACUCACAAUUUUCUACAAUGACAAACCCUAGAGUUUUCUUCGACAUGACAAUCGGCGGCCAGCCUGCCGGCCGCAUCGUGAUGGAGCUGUUCGCUGACACUACACCGCGCACUGCCGAGAACUUCCGCGCACUCUGCACCGGGGAAAAAGGCAUCGGCAGUAGCGGCAAGCCUUUGCACUACAAAGAUUCGACCUUCCACCGCGUCAUCCCUGAAUUCAUGUGCCAGGGAGGAGACUUCACCUCCGGCAACGGCACUGGCGGUGAAUCAAUCUACGGGUCAAAAUUCGACGACGAGAAUUUCGUGAAGGAGCAUACCGGGCCAGGUAUUCUUUCGAUGGCGAACUCCGGCCCGAACACGAAUGGUUCCCAAUUUUUCAUCUGUACGGACAAGACUGAGUGGCUUGACGGCAAGCAUGUGGUGUUUGGGGAGGUGGUUGAGGGUAUGGAAGUGGUGAUGGCCAUUGAGAAGGUUGGGUCCGAUUCUGGAGAAACAUCCCAGCCCGUUGUGAUCGCCGAUUGUGGCCAACUUUCUUAAAUAUUUAAGCGCUCUGUAUCACUAGCCACAGCAAGAGCGAGUGUGGCACAACAUCAAAACUACUAAUAAAUAAUCUUAUUACUUAGUGCCUAUUUGAUACAGAUGAAAAUCAAUUUUUUAACAGUUUUAUUUCA